AUCUGACCUUUAAAAACGAUGUGGCUGGUUUUCACGAGGGGUCCGUGAAGGCAGCAGGAAGAAGGGGACGGGACGGGGACGUCCGCCAUUCGUGUAGCCGCGCGUGGGACCAACACACUUGUCGCUUCCGUCCACGCGAGACCACUUCCCGCCCACAUACACACACAUACCCCGAGUCCUCCUGGUUCCUGUGGCCGGGGUCCGAGGCACCAUGUCCGGCCGCUGGUGGAGCAGCGCCGCGGUGACCCACGCGCUCACGGCUCUGUUCGCCAUGGGCUCGUGGAUUUCCGUCAACAGUCUGUGGGUCGAGCUGCCGGUGGUGGUCCGUGUCCUGCCGGAAGGAUGGAACCUUCCGGCCUCCCUCUCGGUGCUCAUAGCGUUUGGGAACCUGGGUCCCAUCGCGGUGACCAUCACGCACCACUGUGCUCCGGGGCGUCUGAACGAGCGCCUGCUCAUCCACGCCAUCCAGCUGCUGGCCAUGGUGGCGUCCGCUCUGCUCGCCGUCUUCUGGUCGCACACGGUCACGAUAGCGGGAGACGAGAGGUCGCUGCCCUUCCUGCUCUUCACCUUCGUGCUGUCCCUGGUCUGCUGCACGUCCAACGUCACCUUCCUGCCGUUCAUGUUCCGCUACCCGCCCCAGUACAUCCGCACUUUCUUCAUCGGUCAGGGCCUCAGCGCCUUGUUCCCGUGCAUCGUGGCCUUGGGACAAGGGGUCGGCAAGCUGGAGUGUAAGACGCUGAAUGGCACGGUGCAUCCAGAGUAUUUAGAGGAGAGCUUCCCCGUCCAGAACUUCUUCUGGUUCCUGUUCGUCAUGCUGUCGAUCUCGGCUGCAAGCUUCCUGGCUUUGACGCGGAGGCGGGUGGAACCGACGCCUGAGGAACCGCCCCAGGUGUCCGACGCCGCGGAGGAGGUGAAGAACGGCGAGGAGACGCACCCCCUGAGUAACGGAGGGACGCCGGUGUCUGAGGAGCAGGUGCAGGUGGAGGAGCUGCAGCCACCGGCUCAGACCUUCUGGACAUCGCACAACAUCUACCUGCUGGUGCUGCUCGCCGUCUCCAACGCCCUCACCAACGGGGUCCUGCCCUCCGUGCAGAGCUUCACCUGUCUGCCCUACGGCACCAUGACCUAUCACCUCUCCGUGGUCUUUGGCAACAUAGCGAACCCCGUGGCCUGCUUCCUGGCCAUGUUCUUUGUCCUCAGGACGGCCACGGGUCUGGGCUUCUUGUCCUUAGCGGGGGGGGUGUUCGCUGCGUACCUCGUGGCGCUAGCAGCUCUCAGCCCCUGCCCCCCCCUCCUGGGAAAUCCUGCUGGCGUGGCCCUAGUGGUCGUCUCCUGGAUCAUCUUCACCGGCCUCUUCUCCUACCUGAAGGUGGUGAUUGGGACGUUGCUUCACGAGAAGGGUCACGCUGCCCUGCUGUGGUGUGGCAUCUUCAUCCAGGCCGGCUCCCUGAUCGGGGCCCUCAGCAUGUUCCCCCUGAUCAACGUCUACCACGUGUUCUCCAGCGCUCAGGACUGUGUGGACAACUGCAGUUAACAGGAGAAACUCCAUGGCUCCCACAGACUGUUUGGUUUUUAGGCUCCUGAGGGAAACAGCAGAUCUACGGAGGAUCAUGACACCCCCUGACUCGAGGCCCCCCCCGAUCCUGAGGGAAAUGAAAUCACGAUAAUGGGAGCUCUGUGUUUCUGCUCAUGACCGAGGGGAUGUAAAACACGUAUUUUGCAGUUACACCACAAGAGCUUUGUGUGUUCCUUUUGUAACAUGGCGUAUUCCCCUCUUGGAUCAUGUGAAAAGUUAUUUACUCAGGGACACAAUCGUGAACUUGUUCGUCCACAUUUGUUGCUCCUGGUGUUGAGUAUUGUGAAGGAUGCAAACUUCUACAUAUUGUUUUUUAUCUAAUUUUCAAAUGUCUGUCUUCCUGUUCCUUCAUCUACGGCUCAGCGAGGCAGGAGUCAGGAUUACUGUGUGGAAACCGUGACUUCAGACAAACUCUAUCAAAGCCGCUGUGACGUUUCUUAUUUCAAACAAUGUUUAACUCUGUUUUCUCGUAAUGUUUUAUGAAAAUAGUUUUACAUGAUUUUUGCUGGUUGUUCAUUCUGGGAUGUUCGGCCACCUGCAGGGAACACUAUCUGUCCGUGAUGAAUAGCAAAGCAAUUAGUGGACGUUUUUUUGGAAGCAAGGGAUUUUUAUCGAGUCAAUCUUUGAUUUGAGUUGUGACCCAGUGAGUUAAAUCUGUUACCUGACCUCAGAACAGAUGCUUCACUACAUUGAACCAUCGGGAAACGAUAACACCUGUUCAAACGUGCCUCAACUUGCCUGAAAUCCUGUUUUUUAUCAUUUCAAUAAUAUCAGGUUCAUUUCAAUGUGAAUUUCACGAAUGUGGCCUUUUGUUGUUGAUUUUUUUUUUAAAUGAUUGUAAUGUAAACACACAUUGUGACCUUAAACAGCUAAUGUUGGUGAACAAAGA